CUGUUAUUAUUUGCGUACGCAAUAUUUGAAGGUUGGUAUUGGAGAAGAUAGGGAGGGCGGUUUGGUUAAAGAAAGUUGAAAUCGCAAAUGGAUUCCUUAGAAGACACCGCCUGUUGGGAUUUUCUCGAUUACUCUUUCAUCGAUCAAGCGCCCCCUGAUUUCCUUUGGUCCAAUCAUAGUGUGAGCACCGAAAUUGACAUUCCAGGUGAUGCUGUUGCUUGUCCAGAGAACACUAAGAAGAGGGGGCGCACUGAUUCAUGCUUCAAAGCGGGAUCAAAAGCUUGCCGUGAGAAAUUGCGGAGGGAGAGACUCAAUGAAAGGUUCUGUGACUUGAGCGCUAUUUUGGAACCUGGGAGACCUGUGAGAACAGAUAAACCAGCUAUACUUGAUGAUGCUAUCAGAGUUUUGAGCCAACUUAAAACCGAAUCUGAGGAGCUCAAAAAAUCUAAUGAAAAAUUAUUAGAGGAAAUAAAAUGUUUAAAGGCAGAGAAAAAUGAACUUCGUGAAGAGAAACUUGUGCUGAAAGCAGACAAGGAAAGGAUUGAGAAGCAGUUGAAAGGCAUGGCCGUUGCACCAGCAGGGUUUAUGGCUCCCCCUGUAGCUGCUGCUGCUGCUGCAUAUCAAGCAGGGAUGAACAAGAUGGCUGUUUAUCCAAACUAUGGCUAUAUCCCAAUGUGGCAAUAUCUUCCUCCAUCUUCCAGAGAUACAUCUCAUGAUCAUGAGCUCAGGCCUCCUGCUGCAUAGUAGCUCUAUGGAUAAUUUUACAUCAUUUCACAACAUUCUCGAAGUAUUGACAUGUAAAUAUUGUCAUUGCUUUGAUUUAAAUUUUUUGUUACUUAGUUUAAUGUGCUAAAAUAGGAUUACAAGUAAUCUAUGAUGGCAAUGACAUGAAAACUGUGAAUGUCCAUUGCAAAUUUGUUAUGUUUUCUAUUUUUUUUAGGUUUAAUUUUAUGAUUUUGAUUCAUGUAUGA